UGUCAAUCUGCGUUUCUGUUAACGACCAACCUAAACAAAGCCAAGCAUAAGGAGCUGGACUGUUCGUGUAUAAGGAACGGAGGCUCACCCAGACAAAUUCAAGCAUAAGGAGCUGGACUGUUCGUGUAUAAAGCAAAAGGCUCAAAUCUUCCGUUUUUCGAAAUGACUUCCAGCGUUGUUGUGUUAUCUCUGAUCGGAGCAGCUAUUCUUCUGGCAGUGGGCCAUACAGAUGCGAUCAGUUGUUACGAGUGCUCGAAUACUGAUGGCUGCAAGGACCAGUUUAACGUGUUUCAUUCAGAUGUCACAACUGCAAUUGAUUGCCUAUCAUGCUCCAAGCUCAAGGUCGGCGACACUGUUGUUCGAGGUUGCGAGGGAACCUCCUCCGUGGAAUUUUGCGCAGAGAUCGAAUCUUUAUCGUCCUUCGUCUGUCACUGCAACACAGACUACUGCAAUAGCGCCAGUCACGUGACUGUUUCCAUGGUUACCGCUCUUCUCCUCGCCUUGGUUGCUAUGGUGUUCAGAUUUUAAAGAUACAUAUAUAUUGCAUGACUUUGAAAUUAAACAUCAAUGUGACUUUGUGUUUUAAAAACUGAAAUUAUAUUAUAGAUCUGAUAGUAUUUGUUUUUACAUGACAAUAUACCUUAUUUCCAUUUUAAUAUAACCAUCUAAACUUGAAACUUCUUAUUCUUAAUAUAACAGCAUUACGUACUUCAAACAGAAUGUCUUCUAAGCUCAAUGCAGCUAUCCAUGUUGUUUCAUCAAUAAAAUUUUAUAUCUAAUAA